AUGGCAUCCACAUCAACCAUUCUCCCUAUGGCCGUCUCCUCCAUCGUCUUCUCUAUCCCGUCACUCCUAUCAUUGAAAAAAUCAGGUUCGUUGCUGUCCACAGACAACGAAUCAAUCGACAUAGUAUCUCUCUCCUCCUCCUCCUCCUCUCCUCCUCCUCCUCCUCCUCCUCCUCCUCCUCCUCCUCCUCCUCCUCCUCCUCCUCCUCCUCCCACAGCAGUGCCCGCGUGGCCCCGGAUCACGUAA